AGAUGGCAGUGUGUGUAUUUUGACAUAUCCCCUUAAUUUUAAUAAGAAAUUAUGAGGAAGUACAUGUUCCCAUGCCUGUAGUUUAUCCAACCACGCUGAUUUUGUGGGGAUGGCUACUGCUCAGGAGGUUGAUGAGGAACCGCUUAAGGUGAAGGACGAAGAUGAAGAGGAAGUUGAGAAAGACACUGACGAUGGUGGGGAGGGGGACGAAGAAGAGCCCAAAGAGCCGAGGAUCCGCGACACACCAGAGGACAUUCAUUUUGAUGCCAUCGUAAACACACUAGCAUUUCAUCCUAAGCAGGAUAUCAUUGCAGCCGGCGAUAUUGAUGGCGACAUAUAUUUAUAUUCAUACUCUUGCACCGAAGGGGAGACGAAAGAGCUGUGGUCAUCAGGUCAUCACCUGAAGUCCUGCAGGAAAGUGGCUUUUUCCCAUGAUGGCCGUAGCUUGUUCAGUGUGGCCAAAGACAAGGCCGUGCACAUCAUGGAUGUGGAAGCAGGGAAGCUGGUCACACGCAUCCCCAAAGCCCACAGCGUUCCCAUCUACUCCCUGUUGUUGGUGGAUGAGAACGUCCUGGCUACGGGGGAUGACGAGGGCACCCUGAAGGUCUGGGACAUGAGGAAAGGCACGGCCAUCAUGGACCUGAAGCACCACGAGGACUUCAUCAGCGAGAUCGCCAUAGACGAGGCCAAGAAGAUCCUGCUCACCUCAAGUGGAGACGGUACCAUGGGGGUGUUCAACAUAAAGCGCAGGCGGUUUGAUCUGGUGUCUGAGCCCCAGAGUGGAGAUCUCACCUCGGUGGCCAUUGUUAAACGUGGUAGGAAGGCGGUCUGUGGCUCCAGCGAUGGCACCAUCUACAUCUUCAACUGGGACGGCUUCGGGGCGACCAGCGACCGCUUCUUCGUGCAGGCGGAGUCUCUGGAGAGCAUCGUGCCUAUCACAGACAGCAUGGUGUGUGCUGCCUCCAUGGACGGAGUUAUCCGAGCCAUCAACAUUCUGCCCAAUCGGGUGGUUGGCAGCGUGGGUCAGCACAAAGGAGAGCCCAUAGAAGACAUCGCCCGUUCCUACGACUCGCAUUUCCUGGCCAGCAGUGCCCACGACCAGCUGGUGAAGUUCUGGGACAUCUCCAAGCUCUCGGAGCUCCACGUCAGCGACUACCGGAAGAGGAAGAAGAAGCACGGCAAACUGACGUCGCUCAGCAAGAAGGCCGUCGGCUGCGGAGACAACUUCUUCGCCGGGCUGCUGGACGAGCCUGACGACGCCCAGGACAAAAAGGACAAUAUGAAAGAGGAGGAGGAGGACGACAAGGAUGACGACAGUGACAGUGAUAGCGGCAGUGACUGAAAACCUACCGAAACCGAUACAGAAUGUGACUGUUAGGCUUUCAUCAGACCUCACUGUUGCCAAAGAGUACAUCUUAGUAGCCAUGUCCCCUACAAACAGCAAAACACAACACAUUUGUCAGGUUUAGGAGUCUAUUGAGAGGAUUUGUCUUUCAAUGGUCUCUGAGCCUGAGAUUUGUACAGAAAGACUAAUAUGAUGUUCGAGGUCAGCCUAGAAUGCUGCUGUCAUGUACAAGAGUGUGACAUCAGUUGUUUUUAUGUCUGUCAUAAGAUGCACACCCCUGCUAUUCCCCCCACUUUCUCACAUCCAUAGUACAUAGGACUACAUAGUAGUACACAGCGCAUCUAAUUGGUCUGAGCCAGUCUAUCACCGAGUCUGGUUUUACUUCAUCAGCACUGAGGCAAAGCUGCUAACAGCAGAAACAGUUAACGAGUUUUGAAUCAUUAACAUGGAAAAGUCAGUGGUGUGGCUUGCCGAUUAAGAGGGGACACUACCCAGCACCACCCCCCGUAGAGUGAUGGUAAUCACUUCCCGAAGUUUCCCAUCUCUCUCCUCUAGGGAACAGCUUGAGUACGUUGGCUGAUUAGACAAUUUCAUAAUGAAACGGAAGCAAUGAAAACAACAGGGAAAUGUCUGUGUGCCUCUACACAGCAGAGAAGAAUUUGGGGAAAAUAACAUACAGACUCCUCGUUUUAGAAGUUGAAGUUAAUGAGGCUUUUAUUGCUUUCACUUGAGGCCUUUGAAGUUUACAGCAGCGAGAGAGAGAAAGAGAGAGAGAGUGAGAGUUGUGUACCCUGGGAAGAUGAGGAUUAGUGGGGGUAGUAAUGUCGUUACUUCUUCUUGAGAAGUUAAUGAAAGACUUCCGACAUCGGAUGGAUGUUCUCUGAUUGAGUUAUUUGAAAUGUGUGUAAUGUUGCCUUGUACAUGCUUGUCUAUCAACUUUGUUCAAGAUGAAAGUUUUUCUUUUCCAAAAAAAAAAGUCUCUAGUCUCUUGAAGUAUUGUGUGGCCUGGAACAGAAAAGUAGACUUGGAUAUGGGAUUGUUGACCUUUGACCUUGUAACCCGAUGAAAAGAAACAGUUGUGCCCUCUCCAUAAGCCCACAGACUCCUGACUAAACUGUCCUCUUGGUCACCCAGGAGAAAAGAGAAAAGUGCUUAAUUAUUUAGCUUUGCUUUGAAAUUACAGGGCCCUAAAAUGGACGAACUGCACCCCCCAUAAAUUUCAAUUCUCCUUGCUGGAGACUUGGCCUUUGAACAGCUGUUUGGCAACAAAGUGGUGUUAAUCUUGAGUUAUGACUCCCUGCUCAAGGCCUGGAGUGCCAGGCUGAAGGCCUGUAUGGGAUUGCAGUGCACUGGAACAACAUAAUAUCAGAUGCUUUACAUAUUUUCCUGAUAAUAUUUACAAGACAGUGAUUAAAAACUGAGAAAUAGUCAAAAAAA